UAGAUCCGACCUCCGAGGCAAAUUGAACGCACCACAUCUUCGACUGAAAGUGACGUAAAUCUGCACAUGCGCUGUGCUGCCCAGCAGACGGUCCUUUUUAUGCUUAGCGUGGAACGACUAGCAUCAAACGAGAGUAAAGAUGCAGCUCUUCUUGCGUGCCCAGAAUACUCACACCCUUGAGGUGACUGGACAGGAGACUGUUGGUCAGAUCAAGGCCCAUGUCCAGGCUCUGGAGGGACUCCUGGUGGAGGACCAGGUGCUGCUGCUUGCUGGGUGCCCACUCGAGGACGAUGCCUCCCUGGCAACCUGUGGUGUGACUGAGCACUGCACCCUGGAGGUGGCCGGCAGGCUGCUCGGAGGUAAGGUGCACGGUUCCCUUGCUCGUGCUGGAAAAGUAAGAGGGCAGACUCCCAAGGUUGACAAGCAGGAGAAGAAGAAAAAGAAGACUGGCCGCGCCAAGCGCCGCAUCCAGUACAACAGGCGCUUUGUGAACGUGGUGCCCACCUUUGGAAAGAAGAAGGGGCCCAACGCAAAUUCCUAAAUGCUUUAAUGCUAUUAGGAGUUACACCAACAACUGUCAAUUUUAUUCCUAAUUGUAUGUGAACAAUUAGGAAUAAUACCUGUCAGUUUUUACCAAGUUAAAUGUUGUCUUGUACAGAAUAAAGGAGAUUUGACUUGGC